AAUUUGGCGCAUUAACGUAUGGUCUGUGAGUAAACACUCUGAUUAUUUUGAUAUACGAAAAGGACAAAAUAACACUAAGUGGUUGACAAUGUUUGGAUUUUUUUUACUAUUUGUUACACUGCCGUUGUCGUGGGCGUCACUUCUGCGUGAUGUGGAGCUACAACACCACGUCCUGACGACCGCCCGUCAGUCGUCACUGUUGGAUUGUUCUGCGGCCUGUCUCACUGACAUGUGCUGUUUGUCUUUUAACUUCUUUCAACCCACUCUGGAGUGUCAGCUAAACUACAAAACUAAAGAUCAAAGUCCUAACGACUUUGUUGAAAGGAAAGGAUCAUUUCACAGAAACAAGGACACUAUACCAGUGACAUUAGCUGGUGUGUGUGGUACCAAGGAAUGUCUUUCCUGUGAAACAUGUCACGUUCUGCCUGGACACAGACAAAAGGAAUGCAUCUCACGUGACGGUGACGUCACAGUGACACCUCGUUAUCGGCAACCAGGUCAAGUCUCUUCUGUGACGCAUAACUGCAAUGGACGUCAUGGCAAGCAAUCCGUGCACGGGCAAUUACACACUGACAGCACCGGAAGUGACUAAUCUAGCAGUGUUUUGCGAUAUGGCAACCGCUUCUGGUGGCUGGCUGGUGUUUCAGAGAAGAAUGGACGGAUCUGAAGAAUUCUACAGAACUUGGAACGAAUACAAAGACGGGUUUGGUGACAUAACCAGAGAAUUCUGGCUUGGAAAUGAUAUAAUUCACAAGAUUACGAGUCAGGGAAUUUACGAACUGUGGAUUGAUUUGGAGGAUUUUGAAGGCAACACGCGCUAUGCUAUGUACUCUCCAUUUUCAUUGGGUAGCGAGGCGGAGAACUACACUCUUCACAUUGGCUCGUACAGCGGAGAUGCAGGCGGUGCCUUAACGUCCUACAACGGCGUCCCAUUUACUACCAAAGAUAACGAUUUGGAUUCGUCUGAUGGCAACUGUGCGACAAUUUUCCACGGAGCUUGGUGGUAUAAAUCGUGUCACUCGUCCAACCUAAACGGCUGGUACCUCGGUGGCCCUACCACGAUAUAUGCCCAGGGAGUUGUGUGGAGUUAUUGGAAAGGUCAUCACUACUCGUUGAAGAGAAGUGAAAUGAAAAUAAGACCUAUCGUUGUUUGACAGUCUUUCAGUGGCGGUUUUGUUGAAGACUUUUGUGAACACAGAAAACAUAUAACUGAAAAUAAAAACAGUGUUUGUUUGACAAUUGAAUGUCCGUUAUAUGU